UUUGAUAAAUAGUAAGUUGAUUUACUUGCUUAAAUUUUGUUAUAUAUGUUAAAUGCAGUACAAUUUUAGGCUUAUUUAUUACUUGAAUUAAUAGUAUAUUUUUGUGAGAUAUAUUAUAAAUGAUGCUAUGGAUACAAUAAAAAGCCACAACAUAUGAAAAUAUUUUGGAUGCCCCAAGCAUUUAUGUAGUUUUGUCCAAGGGAGUAAUAAUGGUGGUUUGGUUGGUGGUAUUAAAAUUAUAAUGUUGGAACUUUUAUUGUGCAAAUAUAAUGUCUUUUUUUAGUACUUGAAUUAAUAUGUAAGUAACCUAUUACUUGGGAGUUCGAGCUCCUGCAUUUACCUAGCCAAAAAAAAGGUAUAAUGUCUUUUUUUAUUAUUAUAUAUAUAGAAUUAAUGUCUUACUAUCAUUUAUUCCUAGUUUUUUAUGCCCCUUAUCUUUAAUUCCAUAAUUUUAUAUUGGAGUGUGAGACCACCAAAAUCAAAAUGAGAGGUUAUUAUGUUGAACUUUUAAAUGGAGACCCGAAUCAAAUUCAAAUCCUUAGUUUUCUAUCUUUUAAUUAAAAAAUACCCUUUGGAUUAGAGUAUUAAUAGCAAAUACCAAAAAAACCUACCGUUACUAUAUAAAAAAUUUCACACAUGCUACAGCAAUGUUCCAACUUUAAAAUGUUACAGCCAAAUGUUAUAAUAUUUAGUAUUAUUUUAUACCUCUCUUUUCCAUUUUUCUCUCUUUUUCGUCUGCUCUCCUUCUACUCUCUUUUCUAUUUCUCUUUUCUCUCUCAGACACCUCUCAUCUCUCUCCUCCCUUUCUCAGACAUCUCUCCUUUCUCUUGUCCCCCUCUGAAGGGGUGGCUGUGAUUCCUGAGGAGUCCGAUGGUGGUGGAGGAUCGUGGUGGUGCUAGUUGUUGUGGCGGUGGAUCGUGGUGGCUGGGGUCCGUAAAUCCUCCAUUUUUUUUUCCUUUUGAGCUCACCCUCUCUUCGUUUUUCAGCCAAACACCUCACUUAAAUUCAUCUUCGCACCGAUUAAACCAGAAUAUCUUCAUUUUCGGUUGAUAUUUGGUGGUAGUUGUUGAACUGCCGGUGGUGGGCAGGACUAUGGGUUUGUUCAGGUUUGAUUUAUGGGUUGUGGGUGGUGGCUAUGGUCUGGCUCUGCUGGGCUGAUUUUCUAUUGAUUUGUGUUUGAUUUAUUUGGCAACUUUGGUUUGAUACUGGAUUUGGUUUGGCUAAUUUGGGUUUGAUGUUUGAUUUGUGUUUAAUGUUGGAUUUGUGCUUGAUCUGUUGGGUUUCGAGAAGAAAAAAACGUUGAAUUGGGGAGGAGAGAGAGCUUCGGGGGGGAGAGUAUGUGAAAUCUGAAAUGAUUGAAAAAAGUUUUUUUUUUUUGUGUUAUUUUAAUGAGGUGAUAAUAUUAUUUUAAUGGGUUGAAUGUUAAAAUGGACAUGUAUUAAAAGAAAUGAAGUAAAUUUUGGUAGGUUUAAAAUUUUGGUUUAGCACCGCGGAUGAUAGUGUAAGCAUGUUAUUUUAUUUUUUAAAUUGGUGUCCUAAACAAUCAAUUUUCGGUAUAAAACGAUGAGCCAUACUCUAUUAUGAUUUGAUGAUUUUUAUAGGAACUCAAAUGCGUCUGGUGAGGCUGAGAGAAGCAAAAAGAAUGCAAAACUUGAGGUUCAAAUUGAGAGAGUGAGAAAGAGUAAUAGUGAGUGUGAAGAGAGGGAAAUAAGAGAUUUGACGGUUGCUAUCUCUCCUGCAACAGUGAUGAGUUUCUUCGAGGGCUCCCUGUACGGUUUGGAAGUCGGUGGAAGCUGCUCCAGUGGCGACUUAAACCAAGAUAAAGAUGAUUCUAACACUGAGAGUGGGAAUGCAUCUAUUUUGAAUAGUAGGAUGGCGCUUCAACACUUUUCUCAUCCGCAACAUCCGUUGGUCUUUAAUGCAAACGAGAGAAGUGGAAUUUCUUGUCAGGGGUGUUGGGAACCAGUAUGGGGUCCUAGCUACAGUUGUAUAACAUGCAAAUCUUCCUACCAUCAUAAAUCGUGUGCAGAACUGCCCCUUGAGUUGCAGCAUCCCUUGCACCCAAAUCAUCCUCUUAUUCUCACCAAAGGCAUCAAAAAAUAUAAUAAAUGCGUAGAUUGCAAUGAAUUUCGUUUCCAAUACAUUUAUCAUUGUUCCCAUUGCAACUUCAGCAUUCACAGCGGAUGUUCUUUCCGACUCACCAUCAAAUCUGCAGUGCACAAGGACCACGACCACUCAUUGACCCGCAUUUGGAAGCUAAUGAAGUUCACAUGCGACUUUUGUGGCAAAGAAGGCAAUCUGCCCUUUCUUUGUGUCCCAUGCAAUUUUGGUAUACAUACAAGUUGUGCUACUUGCCCACCCACAGUCAAAGUUACACGUCAUGAGCACCCUCUCCAGCUCACUCAAUCUCUAGAAAUCCAUCAAUCUAAUUCUCGAAUUUGUCUACUCUGUGUUAAAAAAGUAGACACACAUUGGGUUUACUAUUGCUCAAUAUGCGAUUUUAUUGCCCACCUCCAUUGUAGUAUGAACCCUAGAAAUAAGGCGUACAAAAAACUGGAGGAACUUGUAGAGGAGCAGCUCCAUCUAUCUGUUGACCCAGCUACUUAUGAAGUCAAAAAAUUCACUAUGGGGGAGGAUGGAGCCAAAAUAGUCACAGAAAUCAAACACUUUACUCACGAUCAUGAUUUAAAACUUACUAACAAGGUUCCGAAUAACAUAAAAUGCAAUGGAUGCGUACGAGACAUUCUCCCUCCAUUUUAUUGUUGUACUCAAUGUAACUUCUUUCUUCAUAAAUCUUGUGUAGAAUUACCCAAAAUAAAACGACACCCACUUCAUCGACACCCACUCACCCUCAAUUAUCGGAGCCGUUCUUUUUCUUGUGCAUUUUGUGCUGAAGAGUGCAAUGGCUUAUGCUACAAUUGUCAAUUUUGCAACUAUGAUCUCAAUGUUCAAUGCAGUUUGAUCUCAAACACCCUUACUCAUGCUUGUCACGAGCAUCGUCUUUACCUCUCCAACACAAACACUAAACAAGAGUGUAGUAGUUGUGGUGAGUAUCGAUAUCGAGUAUUCUGUUGUGCCACUUGUGAAUUUGUUCUAGACUUCCGAUGUGCUGCACUACCACAAACUGCAUAUAACAACCAACAUGAACAUCCCUUCAUUCUCUGUUAUAAACCUGAAGAUGACUCAGGUGAAUAUUACUGUGAUAUUUGUGAAGAAGAACGAGAUCCCAAGCAAUGGUUUUAUUACUGUGCAGAUUGCAAUUUUCCUGCUCAUCUGGAAUGUAUUCUUGGAAAAAAACCAAAUGUCAAGUAACACAUAUAAUGGCCACCAGUUGGAAGACACUACACAUUAAUUUGAUUGUCACCCACAAACAAUUACUUUCAUUGAAGAAAUAAAGACUCCUGUCAAUGCCAAAAAUGAUCUAUCAAUUUGCGCACUAUAAUUUCAACAUUCAUUAUAAUUGUUUAUAAAAAGAUAAACGUUGCCUUCUUUGUAUAUUUAUCAUUUAGGUUGAGCCUUUUGUUC